GUCGGUUCUCCUCGAGCUCGCGUCCACCAUUUUCGUUCCUGGUAUGAGCCGCGACACUUGAAACGAGCGAGAGCUGUGUGUUGCUGCGAGGGAGAGUGCGUUCGUUGCGUGAUUGCUUGUGCUUGCCUGCGAGCGACUGUGUGCGUCUGUUUUGUGCCUGGGAAAAAAAGUAUUUUAGGCUACUCUUGAGAUAUUUCGAUUGAAUUUCAUCGAACAUUAACGACAAUAUUUCGCAAUAAACCUAAAGAAAUGAAUUGAGGCACUAUCCAUCAGAGCCGCGAAUCUUCCUCUCUCAAAUAGCUGUGUGUAUUUUGCUGCUUGUGUGUUUGACGCCUGUCUGGGAGAAAGAGAAGAAAAGAAGACAAGUACUGUCUCUAUAGAUGCUGAUACAGUGGAGAAAUUUGAAGAGUUGCAAUUGACGUCAUAGCUUUAACUCUGUCUCGACCCUCCCCCUUUUCUUUCCGACAUUUUCGGAGCCCGUUGUAUAAUCAAUACCAUUAUACACAAACCUACGCCGCUGCUGCUGUUGAUGCGCUUGCGUUCGUAAAAGCGAAAGAGAGCGAGCAAAGGAAGCGAAACCAGCACCACCCACCCAGUACCCAAAGAAGUACUGCUUACCCACACUUUUCGUGUGUGCGUAAGUGAGAAAGAAGAAGUUUUAUUCGAGGCGUGUAUCUAUAAGCCGCCAAGUUGGAUCACGAGGAGGAAACGUCGCCCGUGCACCAGGAGAAGAUGACGUACAUACAAGUCGCGGAGGACGAGGGCGAGGAGCCGAUCGAGCUGCCGACCGAGGACGACAGCACCCUGCUCCUGACGACGCUCUCCGCUCAAUUCCCCGGCACCUGCGGCCUCAAGUACCGCAACCCUGAGUCCCGGGCGAUGCGCGGCAUUCGCAUUACCGAUGGCAAGCUCCACCCACCAGACAAUGGUUGGGGCAAGUCCGUCUAUUUUUGCGUCUUCCCCAAAGAGAACAAGCGCAAAUCUGAUGAUAACUUGGAAAAUUCCACUGCUAAGACCAAACGUAUGGAGACUAAGCUUCGUUGUACUGAUUUGAUUGUACUUGGCUUACCAUGGAAAACAUCCGAACAGAAUCUUAGAGAAUACUUUGAGACGUUUGGUGAAGUUCUGAUGGCCCAGGUAAAAAAAGAUGCAAAAUCUGGGCAGAGCAAAGGAUUUGGAUUCAUCAGAUUUGGAAGCUAUGAAUCUCAGUUGAGAUGCCUUGCUCAGCGUCAUAUGAUUGAUGGCAGAUGGUGUGAUGUCAAAGUACCAAACAGCAAGAACAUUGAUGGAAUAGUGAUGGCUCGACAGUAUGACUCGCCCAAAGUCAAUGACUACUACCGUCCGAUUCCGGUUCAUUCGUCGCAGGCCGCGAACGCCCGGCACCGAAGCGUGCCCGCUGCCGUCGGACAGCCGAGCGGCAAGCCCUACGUUAACAUGACUCAAGAGUCAACCCCACCGCCGAGGUACGAGGCCGAUUACGACUAUAAAACCACGCACUAUCCCUCCUAUCCGGCCAAUUACCCCUACGACGAUGCCAAGUACAAAUACGGGGCUGGUGCCCAGGAGCCCGCACCCCCAGCUCCGGGUUACGGCUACGUCGAGCCCAAACCCACCGCGUACCCGAGCUAUCCCGAGACCGCCCCGGCGCCCGCCUACGACUCCCGCGGCUAUGGCCAGCCGGCCAUGAUACCGCCCGGGGGCGGAGCCCCGGCAGCCCAAGGGGCCUACGCCCCCGAGCACCACGUCCCGGCUGCUGCGGAUUACGCGCGUUACGCUUACGACGAGCGCAAUGCAGCCGCUGCCGCCGCCGGCUCUUACCCGGUGGAUCAUCACAACGCGCAUCACCACCACCUUCAUCCCCAUCAGUCGCAUCACAUGCACCAACAGCAGCAGCAACAGCCGCCCGCGUCACAGCACCAUCAUCAGCAGCAGCAGCAGCAACAACAGCAGCAGCAGCAGCAGCACGAUAAGUACGGCUAUGGGUACGCGGACGGGCGGGGUUACGAGGAUGCGAGGUACGCGGUGGACGCGCGCUACGACUCGCGGUACUCGGUUAUGGACGGCCGGGGCGUUGCGGACGGUAGGGAGGCGGACGCGCGGUACGACGAGUACGGGGCGAGCAAGGAACACGAGGUGCGCUACUACGACGGCCACGACUCGAGGUACGAGAGCUCCUCGCGUUACGGCUCCAAGGACAGCAACAAUUACUACGACAGGUAUUACAAGCACCGCCCGUCGAGGGAUCACCACCACUCGGAGUCAUCGAGAUAUUGAGCGCAGGUGCCGGUUAUGGGUUUAUCGUCAAAGGGGACUAUUGUAGCUGCUUCCUCUUCCUCCUCUACAUUUCCUUCUCGUAACACUGUCCUCACCGUUUCCCGGUUUUUGCGUGCGUGAAGUGAGCGUUGCGUGUGUCGUCUGAUUGUUUUUUUUCCUUUUUUCAUUUUUAUUUUUUUUAUUAUUUUUUUUUUUUUUGCUUCUGGUAAUAAACUUGAAGAGUACGUCACGAUUUGUUGUUUACACUUACUGCCCCUGAUUGUACUACACGAGGGCUUCUUUUACUCUAUAUAUUUGAUAAAAAUACUUAUAUAUUUAUACAAUCUAUAUUCAUCCAAUUUUGACACUUACAAUGAAUUUGUACAUGUAUGAAAGUAUAAUUUCAUUUUAUGGAUUUUUAAUAAGUACUGUCCGAUAAACUUGUGGGAGGUGGAGUAACGAAAAUUUCGAUUCGUGUGCGACUCUUGACGUUUCUCUACAAUUAUAUAUAUAUACAUCAUGUACGUAACAACAUAAACUUAAAACUUUUAAUUUAUAGACUAACGAGUAUAUGUAGUUGUACUCGUGUAAAAACAUUUUAUUUAAGAUGAAUGUUUUAAGCUUGCCGGUGUAAUUUAUCUACACAAGGUACAUAAAGUUUGCAUUAAUCUUACAACUGUGUAAAGUGGAAUAUAAAUUAGUAUAUAUUUGUAGUGUAUUAUGAUAAUUGAUGUAUGAAUUAUAAAGAUUGAUUGCAAUAUAUGGUUGUGUUGCAAAAACAUGA